UGAUUCAGAUGCAGCAUAGAUUUUCCGUCUAAUUGCUCUGUGAAACACUUUGGGAGCUCACCAAGUAAUUUAGGCAGUUUGCUACAUUUGCUGGCGGAAGUUAUAUGCAUUCCAUAGUGUUUUUAUGAGCUCUAUUCAAUUUUCCAGUUUUAAAACAAGAAUUUUUUUUUUUGCAGAAAAAAUAACAAUACAAUAUAUCUAACGGGGAGACGAGUAAAAAUAACAAUGAAUUUCUUGAUUGUGAAAUUUGCUAUUGCUGCAGUUGUUACAUGUGCAGUCUACGCUGCUUCCAUUCCACUCCAGAAAGACAUACGAAUAGAACUGAUGGCCGGCGAGGGUAUUGUAGUAACAGAACCAGAACAAAAAAAUAAAACUGCGAAUAUUCCCGACGAUAUUAUUGCAUCACUUCAACAAGGCACAUACGAUAUUGAAACAUUGCUUUCUAAUACGGAUAUCGACAAACUUUCAACAGCGGAAAUCCUUCAGCUUCAAUAUUUGCUUCAAAAGUGGUCAACGAAUAUGGGCUUGGUCUCUUCUGCUACGAAAAAUAUAGCAGAAAGUAUCGCAGAACUCCUAAAAAAUAUAUGAUUGUCGAAUUGUAAUGGAGAUCUGAAUAUGAGAAUCGGAUUGAUAAAAUCUCUGUUCUUAACUUGUACUUGGUUAUGAUAGUUAUUCAAUACACAUAUAUAAAAUCAAUAAUUAUUUUGAAAUACAAUCAGAACACAUUUAACUUGCUUGUAAACAUAUUGUGGAUAUUAUGCUUAUUUGGGGACAUCGUUUACCAAUGCUUACCACAUUAGUUAGAAAGUAUUAUAUUUAACCAUGUAUAUCUUUAAUUUAUCGCCUACUCAGCGACCCUCUCUUAUUUAUGUUUAUUUAUCUUUUUUAGGGCUCAAUGAUAUAAUAAAUAACCUACCCAAGUUCCUAUUUAUAUAGGUUGUUUGAGUUGGGUAUUGUGGGUUGUAUAUUAAUUUUUUGUGUUCGUUUUCGAAAAAUACAAUUCUAUAUGCAUGUUAUGUUGUUCAUAAAAUUAUAUAUUGGAAAUAGAAGUAUUAAAAUUUCAUUCAGUUACUUGUAGUCAUAUUACGUUAACCAGUUGUUUUAUUCAUUAUAUAAGGGUGAGAAAUCGGACAGAGUAAAAGAAUGAGUAAUCGUGCCUGGUAAUGAAGAUACAUGAUGUACCAUCCUAGUACAUAGACUAAUACUCGUACAACAAAAUAGCUUUUAUUAUUGGAAUUGCUAAAGCUCGUUCAUAACCCCCAAUAAUAGCAAUGUAAAGAGGUUGGCAUGUUUUUCGUCAAAAUUUCAAUGG